AUUAUUAACAUAUAUGAUUGUAUACGACAAGUAGUAUCAUGGUUCCCCACUUUCUUAUAUUUUUCCCGAUCAAGCCAUACUUCUUCCUUCAUUCAUCUCCACCAUCAAAAUUUGGCUAUAUCUUGAUAUUUAUUGUGUGUUCUGUAUGGGAUACUAUCUAUUUGCUUAGAGAGGCACAUAUGUUUUGUGUAUGUUCAUUCAGAGGCUUUCUCCAUCAACCACUAUCUGUAAUCUUUAGAUAAGAGAUAGUGGUUGUGUUAAGCUUAUUACAAUAGAAGAAGCUGAUAUAAACAUUUGGAGGUGGCUAGUGAUCUUCUCCAUAGACAAUCAAUAAUGACAAUGAAGAUGAAGGGAAUCUACAAAAGCUUCAGAUCGAUCUCUCAUAUAUUUGUUGAGAAAGAAAGAGAUAUGGAGAUUGGGUACCCAACCGAAGUAAAGCAUGUGGCUCAUGUUGGCUGGGAGGGCUCCUCUGGCAGUGCUCCUGCAUGGAUGAGUGAAUUUAAAGCAGCAGUAGAGCCUUUAUCUCCAAGAGCAUCAUCUUUUAGUCAUGCAACACAUUCAAAUUCUUUCUUGGUCACUUCUUCAUCCACUGAUUUUGAACAGAGCUCAAGCCAACCAACUAUAUCAGAUAGGCUAAGGGAUGUGCCUCCAAUUCCAGUAGGUCUAUCCAAGGUUCAUACUAAGAGCAAGAAUAGGAGAAAGAAACCAUCUUCAUCAUCACCAAGAUCCAAAUUACAAUCUCCAAAGUCUUCAAGAUCCGCAGGUUUAUCUAAAUAUUCGUUCAAAUCUAUGACAACUCGAUUGAACUCUAAUGCAUGAAGGUGAAUCUAAACAAACAAAAAUCAUAACUUGUGUCACACAUUAUGCAUAAGGAAAGUUUUUGUAGUUCUGGUGAUUUUUUUUGUUCAAAGACAUUUUGUUUUGUAGUUCUCGGAUUUGAACAACUUCUAUGUACAUUGUCAAAAAAAAUUACAAAAAAAAAAGGAAAAAUAUAUAAUUUGUGCGAGAGAAAAAUUAUUUACUUUCUAUUGUAAUCUGGAUUCGCAGAUUGGAGAAAUGGAUUUCCUUAUUAC